UUGAAGCUGCCAAAGACGGGGCCGCGACAAGCAAAAUCCGCUUUUUACACACAAUUUUUGUUUAAUCAGACAACAGGUAAGCCUAAUUUUUUGUACCACAAAAUGGUGCGGUUGGCAGGUGGAGCUAGUUGCAGACCGUUCUAACCCACUAACCUUCCAGCAUAUGAACGAACACAUUACAUAUAUAACGCUGCGCGGGUUAACACUCGCUUAAAAAACCAUGGAUAUGGAAGAUAGACGAGAAACUGCCAUGGAAAAAAAUGAACCCUCCGAUGCUACCACCAGGAAGAGAACAAAGCAAGCAAUUUCUGUUCCAUUUAUUUGGGAAGAAAUUCCAGGCACACCAAAGAGGGAUUGGAAACCUACUGCUCCUGUUAAGAAGCCUGUCGCACCACCAGUCAAGUACAUUGCUUCAGUACCCUUUCAAUGGGAAGAAAAGCCCGGAAAACCGCUUCCCUGCUUCUCGCAGCAGCCAUCAGGUUCACCACUUGCGCUACCACUACCAAACAUUAGCAGCUUCCCUCUAUCUCCCAGACAUUUUCUGGACAGUGAAAAUUGUUGGACUGGCAUGAAUGACCAAGAUGGUGAUCAGAUCGAAAUGCUCGAGUCGUAUCCAGCAUCAUGUGAAUCUGAAGCAGAUGAUUCUUUCUGUUCAGCGCCUUCUCUCUUGGCCAACCGCCUUGUACCGACGGUUGCUAUUUCAAAUGCUGUUCCUGUUCAACAAACCUCCUUUGCAGGUCUUAGCAGUGGGCAGCUUCAGAGACCUGCUUCACCAGCCUCUGAAACAGGAAGCAGUACCAGCAGCUAUGAAACUGGAAAUACAAACCUAGUAGGCGCUUCUUUUCUGGAAUGGCUCUUCCCCUUAUUAACCCCUCAAUCUAAUAUCCUGGAAAAGGUUGGCAGCUCAGAAAAGGAAAUUUCUCCUACCCAAACAACGAGGCAAAAAGAGGAUAUUGACUGUGAAAGGAACUACAGUGCUGCAUUGAGAAAACCACACACACUGGGAGAGCUAAUAAUGAUGAGCAGAAGAAGAAGUUACCAGAGGAAAGCCUUUCAAAUGCAGACACAGAAUCUCUCGAAGGACUUCAUGAAGAAGAAUGCAGUUGGAUGCUGGAUCCUUGGAUCAAGCAACAUUGUUGGCAGAUUUCACAGGAGAUGGACAAGGCAGCUACAACUAAAACUGUUGUAAAAGACGAGUCCAAUAGACCUCUGAACAGUUGCAUUAAUCAGCAACUUCAAAUCCUUCUAUUAGAUAAGCAUAUUAAAACUCCAAAUUUAGCUGUAUGAUUUUCAAGUUAAAAAGGUGCUAUCACUGUGUCGAUCACCGGUAGUGGCCACCUCAAGUCCUGAAUUGUGUGUGAUCAUUAUUGUGUGGUUAUUCCAACAAUCCGUUCAUUUAAUACCACUCUCAGAAGUUUCUUAAGCUGGA